CUGUUUACCAAAACAAAUAUACUUCGCCUACUGAUCCGCCGUUUUAUAUGUGGUGUCAAUUUUCUGUUUAAAAACGGCGCGCAAAGUGCGUCCAUAUUUAUUAUUACCGAGGUUAAGAAUACUUGGGAGAAAUCAAUUCGUCACACUGAGUUAUUUGUUUUUUUUUUAUUUCUCCGAAUGGUCAGUAUUUGUUUUAAAUUGUGGUAAAAAUGCUUCCGAUUCGUGCGCUGAACGAGGAUUUUGAAGAUAGCUGUAGCAGUGUAGAAGCAGACCCUAAAGUUACAGGAGAAGCAGAGGAAACUAUAAUUGUUACGGAAUAUCUCAGAGCGCUGAGGUUUCAGAAUGCUAAUCAGACAAACGAUGCUUUGAUUAUAUUCUUAGAGUUACUAGAAACGGAAAAGUUGUCAAAGGCAUUAAGCAAGUCCAAAGAUAAUAAAAUAGUCAUGGUGAAGUACAAUUGUUACCGUAACAUCGGCUUUAUAUAUCAAGAAAAAUGUGAAGAAAAAAAAGCCUUGGAAUAUUUGAUCAAAGCAAUCGAAUUGGACGACACAGAUGUUUCCACAAUGUACUCUCUUGCCAAAUUAGCUUUCAACACAGGACAAACACAUGUUGCUCGAAUGUAUUAUGAGAAAUGUUUUGAACUGAAUCCAAACUAUUGGCCUUGUUUGGAUGGAUUGUUACAAGUAUAUUGUGCAUCGGAGAACAUUAUUGAAAUAUUUCAUUGGGCGGUACAUUGCUUCAAUAAAGAUAAUCAAUACAAACGUACCACCGAUGCAUUUGCCGAGAUGCACAGAAAAUUCACGUCAACUCUUCCUUUCUUGGAAGAGAUGUACGCUUUUCCGUUAAAAGGACAUGUUCAUGCAUUGACGUUUGGUGGCAAAACCAACUCGAACUUUGGCAUUCACGAUGAUUUGACUGGCUCAGAGCAUGCUCAAACUAUGGAAUAUGAACCGUUUGAGUUGCAGACUGUGGAUUGGGUUGUGUUGGGGAAAAUGAUUUUACAAUUGUGUAACAGCAUUGAGAACUCACACCAGGACUUUCUGCGAAUGUUGAAGUUAUCUAGCUCCAAAUCACAAUGCGAGUCGAGCAAACCAGAGAGCAACAAUGAUAAAACGUCUUCUUUCGUAUCAAAUCAAAUAAUCGAAGGGGAAUCAAAUAAUCAGAAACAACCAGAUUUAUAUUGUGCUUUUUUCAUCAGCGCUUGCGAGGGAAGCGAGCUCAAUAAAAAGUGGUGCACGAUCGAGACGCCGAGGAUCCAGUUCAGAUCAACACACAUUCAUCACACGCUACACAGCAGCGAUAAUGUAGCUGACUGUGAAACGAAAAAUCGUCGACGUGGAAGCGAAUUGAAGAUACUCGAACAAUGGGGAUGGCAUAAAAAUCGUCGAUCUUCGCGAAAGAAAAGUAUUCAUGAAGCAAUUGAUCCAAUUGAAUCGACAGCGGAUAGAUUCCUGAGACGUUCUCUAGGUCAAUAUUUCUUAGAAUCAUUCGAGGAUGAAUUGUCGCCCUUUUCUGGGAAGGUUUAUGAAAAUAGAGAUGACAUCUGUAAUCAUCACAUAAUGCUGAAAAAUCCUGAAUGUUCUCUUAGUUAUUUUUGUGAUACUAGUAAACAUGGUUUGGAAACACUUAUUUCCGAGCUACAGAAUUGUGAAUUCGAUGCAUAUGGACUGCUUUAUCGGUACCUCCAACAUUUGUCAUUCUAUUGGAAUGAAUACAUACCAUCGGAAAUACGAACGGUCUACUUGGAUCUUUUCAAUUCUUUCAAAACGCACAACUCUAUUCAAUAUUGGAAUCAACUUUCUAAUUCAGAAAUUUCAACACUUUAUCGGAUGUCAUUAUUUUUUUUAGAGCUGGAAUUUGACCGAGUCGAAAAAGUAACAGUCGAUUAUGGAGAGAGUGAGUUGGAUGACGAAUUCUUUAAUUUUCUGAAUAACUUGCAAUUGUGUGGCUCGCAUCUACCAGAGGAAGACUAUUUUCUCUAUCAGUGCAGGUAUCAUUGGUUGAACUGCAUUGUUUCAUUGUUUAAAAACGAUCUUCAAUCUGCAAUGAAUAGGUUGGAACAGAUAGAAAAACUCAUUGCACAAAAUUCCAAAGAAUCCGAAACUAUAUCGAAUCAGCAGUUGAGAAAAAUAUACGACUCAGAUUAUAUCCAUAAUUCGAUAAUUUUACUACGCCGUCGAAUAUGUCUUGGUUGUGUUAGAAAUAUGUACGGAGAACGUAAUUAUCCGGAGUUAGUUGCUAUUUUGAAGGAUAGUUUGAUUAAUGUAACGGGAACACAAUCCAACGAUAAUUCGAUACUAAGUGUACCUACUCAGAUAGAGUUAUUGCUGGAGUGUCUUUGGAAUAUGGCAGAUUUUACGGAUUGCAUCAAAUGGGCAGAAAAAAGUCUAAAAUACACAACGGAUAUUUUUACGUUGCAUCCACAUGACGCAAAUCAUCAACAAAAAUACGGGAAAACUAUUAACUUCAUACUUGAUUAUAUCAUUUCGAUCAUUAAGGAAGGAAGCAUCGAUAUACUUGGGCUCGAAAGUGUAUCUCGAAUGGUGCAAACCAUGCAUAAGAUUUUAACUGUUCAGUUAGAUCCUUCCGAUAAAUACCAGAGUCAUCAAUACACAGUUCAAUGUUGGAAGAUCUGGGAAGUUGUCUACUAUCUAUUGGAAAGACAAGAUGAUAGAAAUAUGAUUUAUCGUAAAAAUUGUUGGAUUGUAAAUGAUGUGUCGAGUAAUGGGAUUGAAGACGAAAGUAUGUUGAAUUCAGUAAUGAUGUUUUUCAUUGCACAUGAACUACUAGGAAGGCGACAAUGGUGUUCAAAAGAAAAUAACGAGCUACUAUUCAUGAUGCUGGAUGUUAUCGUUCCUAAAUUGCGCUCUCCCUUGUUCGAAGCAUAUCGCGACAUCAUCAAUGAAUGUUUAGAACAAGCUACAUAUUGUUUAUAUGGGUACCCUCCAAGAAAAGGUAGAACGCGUCAUAUUCAAGAUCACGAAGCCACUUCAAGUCAGUUGACCUGGGAAAAAGCAAUUCAACUAUUCGACAUUUACCGUCCCGAUAUACUCCCAGAGUUUAAUUCAUAUAAAAUUGACUCAAUUUCUGCUGACAUGGAAGCAUUACUGCAACACAUUCUGUUAAUAAUGCCAGUGAAUUGUGAUGUAACGCAGCACACUACAACAAUAACUAAUUUCAUUAACGGAGAUGAAACCGCAAUUCUGAGAGCCUAUAGAAAGGAUGUGCUGCCUUUCAGUAUUAGUUCGAUAUAUUAUCUUUUAGCAGACUAUUAUUUCAAAUGCAGAGAUUUUACAAAAGCCAUUAAAUAUUAUGUCAUGGAUCUGGCCAUUGAACCAAUUCGGUUUGAUUCAUGGGCAGGUAUUUCGUUAUCAAAAGCCAGCAAAUGUGAAACAACGUUAAAUUCAACUGAAACGAUAAGAUUUGAGACAUUUAUUCGUGAAACUAAAAGUACCAUGAGAUGUUUUGAGCAGUGUAUAAUGCUGAAUGAACUACAUCUUCAAUUAUGGGUCGAAUAUGGAUCUUUUGCAUACAACGUUCAUUCUUAUUGCUCCAGGGCCCUGAAAUCCCGAAACCAGAGUAACUCUAUCGAGAUACAGCGGAAUGACUAUUUGAAUAUAGCAUUUGAAAGCUUCAAUAAAGUGAACAUCGAGCCCACUAACGGAAUUUUAAAAGAAGACCAUUUUGGACGUGGAGAUGCUGGAAUCCAUGAGGAUGAAAAAUGGCUGUAUCAUUAUAUGCUGGGGAAAAUAGCAGAGAAAAAAAAGGAACAGCCAGUUAUUUAUUUGACACAUUAUUUGAAGUCAGCCAAAUUUUUAUAUGAUUGUAAUGCCACAUAUCCUAUAAAAGUAAACCAUAGUAAUCCUUCACAUCUUUCAAUAGAAGCAUUAGAAUUGUUUUACCGAACAAACGCUGCUAUCAUAAAGUAUCUUGAACAGCAUCCAUCGGUUUGCAAUCAAAUAGCAGGAUUAUUGAAGAAAAUAUUGAAAGAGCUAGCAACGUGUCCAUUUGCUUUUAAUCGAGCAAAAAUCAAUGAUGCCGCAUUCAAACGUAAAUUAACAGAACAAAAUAAUGAUAUAGUCGUCGAUAAACAAACCAAAAAUAACACUGGUCAUCUCGAGAAAGAAAAAGAAGAAAAAGGCAAAGCGGACAGAAAUUCACAUACUAAGAAUGAAAAGGAAUCAAUUGCUUUUGAUAAUUUCGAUAAUAUGAUGGAAAUCAAUGUUGAGUGUCACAGAAAUGACGAAAAAUGCUUAACUAGAAGGAUAUCACAGGAAGACACUCCAUUGAGUAACACGACUACUGCGACCAUUAGUAUUGGAACAAGCUCUGUUUCAUCCGAUUCUGACUCUCCAAAUUCUGCUCUGGAUUUUAGCUCUGAUUCUGAAACUGAGAGCACGACUGAUGAUGAAGGUCCACUAUCAUCUGAUGAUCGUGACUUGAUGUUCAAAGACUGCAUAAAAAACUUAGAAGAAUGUAUAACUAGGUUUCCCGAGCACUAUAAAUCCGUUUAUCGUCUAGCGUAUCAUUAUUUAAAUACUUCUGGUUCGCACAAGUCCAUUGAGCGCUGCCGUGAACUACUCUUGGGUGUUUAUAAAACGACGUUGGGUAACCAGAUAAAUGGAUUGUUUACAGAACGAAAAAAUAAUAACUUCUUCAAUGGGAUCUGGAGGAUUCCAUCUCCAGACAUAGAUAGACCUGGUAGUUUUGCAUCACAUCUUUCAAAAUGUGUGAUUGUCCUUAUUGAUGUAUUAAAAUUAUCCUAUGAGCAUGAAACUCUUCUGGAGCUAUCACUACAACUCUAUCGAUCACCUGACGUUGAUAAGAAAUAUCUGAACGACGCUGACCGUGAGAAAUUAUUUGAAGUAGCAGUUUCUUGUUGUAUUGAAGUUUAUCAGCAAAUGUUGGAAAAAAAUGUACAGAAUAAUGAUGACAAUGAAAUGUUAAACCUAAUGGUUAGCAUUUUCAAGGCUUAUAGAAAAACUAUCAAGCACAUGCAAAUCAAGGAACGAAUGUUCUCAACUAUUCUAGUACAUUUGUAUAAAACGUACAUCCAGGGUAAAGCCGAAUUACCAAAUAACGCAAACAUCCUAGACUUGGCUAUAAAAUUAUGUACAUACGAAAUAAAUUAUCGAAAAACAACAGAGAAAAUAAGUAGUAUGAACAAAUGCAUCCCAGCAACGGUAGAAACAGCCACAACAAUCGUUACACCUAUGCAACCCAUAUCGGCGUCUUAUAUUCCAGGAUUAACUAAAUCACGCAAGGUAAAUGUGAACAAACAUCAACCAUCAACGCCAACUAUUUUAACGCCGGAGAUUGCGGCUCCAACGUCCUAUUCGAAAUAUGUGCCUACAGGUCCUUCAACAAUUGUUUCAUCUUCUUUGCCUGGAUUAACAAUUACACCUGUUAACGUAUUAAAUGUGAUUCAAGCGGAAAUAUCUGCAUCGAGUAGUACAUGCCAUGGAUUAACCUCAGCAUUUUCACCAAGUAAAUCAAAUUUAUCAGGUGGUUUCGGGAGCUCGAUAUCAGUGUCUGAGAUUCCAAAAAUGUACUUGAAUGCAUUUUCAACUAUUAGCCCGAAUAAUGUAUCCAUAGAUGGUAAAAAAAAGUCAUCACAAUAAAUGAGUCAGAAUUAAAUGAAAAAGGAAUGGAAUGAAUGAAUGUUUAAUGGUACAACGUACGGAGAUUAUAAUUUUAGAGAAAUUGUUUGAACGUAGAAUAAGAAAUUGAGCUUCAGCUUGGGUAGAUCGUACAUUUCCUUGCGAUUGCAGAGAGGAAAAGCCAGAGAGGCUGGAAGAAAAGGUUUGACAGAAAAAAAGAGCGCUUACGGA